AUGGCCGACUUCGAGAGUGUGCGCACACGAUUGGAUGUCUCGUACGUCAAUCCGGAAGAGGACCACCCUUACAAGUACUUCCACGAAUCGACUUUCCAUCCUCACUACGAUGGCCGCUUUGGCGACAGAAUUCUCAGGUACGACGAGCAACAAGCGCAUCUCAAAGCGCUCAUACAGACCUACCUCUCGACGAUGAACAGCAUUGGCGCGGAAACGUGGCUUAUGCAUGGGACUUUACUGGGCUGGUACUGGAACCGCAGAGUCAUGCCGUGGGAUUCUGAUCUGGAUGUUAUGGUUUCGGAGAAAUCGCUGCAUUUCCUGGCCAGCUAUCAUAACAUGACCAUGUAUCGCUUCAAACUGCCUGCCCAGAAGAAGACGAGGACGUAUCUACUCGAGAUCAACCCGAAUUACCGAGAGGACGAAGUCGACGAUGAGAACAGGAUCGACGCUCGCUGGAUCGAUACCGAAAUUGGCCUCUUCAUCGACAUUACCACCCUUCGCCGAGACAGAGCUUCAGAUGACGAGGAAGCCAUGAUGGUCAAAGACAAACAUCAUUACAUGCUUGAAGAUAUCUAUCCUUUGCGAGAGAGCACUUUCGAAGACAUUCCUGUCUGGGUUCCAUAUGCGUAUCCGGAUAUUUUGAGCGAGGAGUAUGGACACGAGGCGCUUUCGGGUACGAAUUAUGAGCACCAUCGGUAUGAUGGGGAGAAGCAGACUUGGAUCCCCCAGAAGAUACUUACUUCGAAGUUUGAUGACGAGGAUGAUGGCUGA